CCAAUAGAUACACACAGACAUGAGCGCCGCACACUCAGUAAGUCAGUAAUGAUCCAUUCGCCAUUCUCAUCACAUGUGCGAGGACGAGAAUAGUUCGCGCGUAUAUAGACAAACUGUAGUCUAAUACACACUAGUGUUUUGAUAAAUUACAAUCAUGAUAAUCCUAUUAGUCUGGUUGGUGGUCCUGGUUGCUGUGGUAUUGCUGUACUUUCGCAAACUGUACUCCACCUUUAGUCGCCAUGGCGUCAAGCACAUAGAGCCAGUACCGAUCUUCGGCAAUAUGCACACGAUCAUUUUUCGCACGGAACAUAUAAAUGACGUUUUUACAAGUCUCUACGAUAAAUUUCCUGAGGAAAGGUUCGUUGGCAGAUAUGAAUUCAAUAAGGAGGUGAUAUUUGUACGUGACCUGGAGCUGAUAAAGAAGAUAGCUGUGAAAGAUUUCGAGCACUUCAUUGACCACCGCUUCAUUUUAGGCAACAGCGAGUCCUACUUCUCCAGGAAUUUGUUAUCUUUAAAAGGUCAGGAAUGGAAGGACAUGCGCUCCACGCUGAGUCCAGCGUUCACAAGCUCCAAGAUACGACUGAUGAUACCUUUCAUGGUGGAAGUCGGGGACCAGAUGAUGCGAUCGCUUCAUAAAGCUAUAAAGGAAUUUAAGACUGGUUCCAUAGACUUGGAUUGUAAAGACUUGACAACCCGCUACGCCAAUGAUGUGAUCGCCUCUUGUGCCUUUGGUCUGAAGGUGGACUCCCACAAUGAUAAGAAUAACAGUUUCUACGCACUGGGGAAAGAUACCUCUGUAUUGAAUUUCCGGAAGGUGCUCAAUUCUUUCAUACUUUCUGCACUACCAGCUGUUGGUGAGUUCUUUAAGUUGGACAUCAUCUCGGAGUCAUCAAAGAACGCAUUCAAGAGUCUGGUACUAGAAACGAUGGAAAACCGGGAGUUGAAGAAUAUUAUCAGACCCGACAUGAUACACUUGUUAAUGGAAGCCAAGAAAGGUAGGCUGACGCAUGAAGACAUUAAAUCUAAUGAUGAGGCUGCUGGAUUUGCUACUGUUACUGAAUCAGCUGUAGGCAAGAAAACAGUUAACAGAGAAUGGACUGAUGAGGACCUCGUGGCUCAAGCAGUGCUCUUCUUCAUUGCUGGAUUUGAAACUGUCUCAUCAGGAAUGUCUUUUCUUCUCCACGAGCUUGCCAUGAACCCUGAUGUUCAGGAGCGGCUGGCGCAGGAGAUCAAGGAAAACGACGCCAAGAACGGCGGCAAGUUCGACUUCAACUCCAUACAGAACAUGGUCUACAUGGAUAUGGUGGUGUCAGAACUCCUUCGAUUUUGGCCACCUUCACUUGCACUUGACAGAAUUUGCACAAAAGACUACAAUUUGGGUAAACCGAAUGCGAAGGCCGACAACGAUUAUAUUGUCCGCAAAGGCACUGGACUCUGGAUACCAGUUUACGCUAUCCACCGUGAUCCUAAUUACUACCCCAAUCCUAACAAGUUCGACCCUGAGCGGUUCUCAGAAGAAAACAGACACACCAUCAAUCCGCUCGCGUACAUGCCCUUCGGUGUUGGACCUCGGAAUUGCAUUGGGUCAAGAUUUGCACUUUGUGAGAUAAAGGUAAUGACAUAUCAGAUUCUCCGAGAAUUGGAAAUCUCUCCUUGCGAGAAGACCUGUAUUCCAUCGAGGUUUUGCAAAAAGAGUUUCCAACCACGGCUGCAUGGAGGACACUGGCUGAGGUUCAGAGCGAGGACUUAGGAGAGGAGAAUGAUGACCAUGACAAAACUGUGGAAAUUGCUAUUACACUUAGGAUUAGUUGGUGUUACUUUACAUAUAAGUGACAUGUAAUACUCGUACCAAAUAGUUUAUGUUAUAAAAUUAUAUAUUAUAAUGUUGAUUUUGUACUGAAGUGUGCUGAUAUUAUUGUAUUGAUACCAAAGCUAAAUAAAUGUAGACCUUAUAAGUGAUUAAUAGAAGUUUUAUUAAAAGUUAAUGUUAAUUUUUCAUACUAGCUUUUAGAUUGAGUUUUGUAAUAAAGUAAAAUAAAGGAAUACAUUUUUAAA